AUGAAGGGCUCCGUCUUCGCUGCCGCGGCCGCGGCCAUCGGCGGUGCCAGCGCUGCUGCUCACCACCGCCACGCUCACGGCGAGCUGUUCAAGAGAAGCGCCGAGGGCUCCGUCUGCUUGCCCAGCUGCACCACCAUCUGGACCACCGUCUACGGCGAGCCUACCCUGGUGCCCAACCCCCCCAGCAAGCCGUCCUCCGCCGUCACCACUCAGGCUCCCGUCCCGACGUCCACCUUCAAGCCCCCCGUGGACCUGCCGACCCCCGUCCCCGAGGUCUGCCCUACCCCCGGCACCUACACCUUCCCGGCCACCACCAUCACCGUGAGCCAGACCACCACCGUCUGCGGCGCCCAGACUACCGCCGUCCCCUCCGGAACCCACACCUUCGGCGGUGUCACCACCGUUGUUGAGAGUGCCACCACCGUCGUGUGCCCCUACGCCACCGAGAAGACCAAGGACGGCGUCGUCACAUCCGUCGUCGAGACCACCACCUACGUCUGCCCCACCCCGGGAACUUACACCAUUGCUCCCACCACGAUCGUCGUAACCGUCCCGACCACCACCUGCGUCUACCCCGUCGUGACCACCGUCGUCCCCGGUACCUACACUCGCCCCGCCGUCGUCACCACCGUCACCGAGACCAGCGUCGUCGUCGUCUGCCCCUUCACCUCCGAGGAGCCCAAGCCCACCUCCGUCGCCCCUGCUCCUACCACCCAGGCUCCCGCCCCUACCACUGAGGCCAAGCCCACCACCGAGGCCGCCGCCCCUGCGCCCACGACCUCCGUCGUUGAGGCUCCCAAGCCUUCCAGCGUCUCCUCUUCCGCCCCGGCUCCCUCUUCCACCAAGCCCGCCACUGGCGGCGGCCUCGGCGGCAGCAACGGCGACCACUGGGCCAUCACUUACACCCCCUUCUCCGAGGACGCCUCCGGCUCUUGCAAGACCGCCGACCAGGUCGACUCUGACAUCGCCUCCAUCAAGAAGUCCGGCUUCACCACCGUCCGCGUCUACUCCACCGACUGCUCCACCCUCGAGAACGUCGGUUCCGCCUGCGAGAAGUACGGCCUCAAGAUGAUCAUCGGCAUCUUCGUCAAGCAGACCUGCGACCCCAACUCCCAGGAGAUCAAGGACCAGGUUGAUGCCAUCACCGCCUGGAAGAAGUGGUCCAUGGUCGAGCUCGUCGUUGUCGGUAACGAGUGCAUCUUCCAGGGCCGCUGCUCCGCCUCCUCCCUGAAGCAGCUCAUCGUCUCCGUCAAGUCCACCAUCUCCGGCGCCGGCUACUCCGGUCCCUUCACCACCGCCGAGACCGUCGGUGUCUGGCAGCAGACCGACGUCAUCUCCGAGAUCUGCGAGGCCGUCGACAUCGUCGGUGGACAGAUCCACCCCUACUUCAACGCCGAGACUUCCGCUGCUGACGCCGGUACCUUCGUCAAGGGCCAGAUCGAGCUCCUCGAGUCCAACCAGAUUUGCGGCGGCAAGAAGGCCCUCAACCUCGAGUGCGGCUGGCCCUCCGGCGGCUCCUGCAACGGCAAGGCCUGCCCCGGUAAGUCCGAGCAGGCCCAGGCCAUCGCCUCCAUCAAGGAGCUCGCCGGUGGCAAGACCGUCUUCUUCUCUUUCCACAACGACGAGUGGAAGGACCCCGGUGCUUGCGGCUGCGAGCGCACCUGGGGUUGCGGUGACCUCUUCUCCCUCUAA